AUGGCACCCGCUGACUUCUACGACGACGAUGACCUAUAUGAUGGGAACGACUAUGAGGAAGAUCAGGAGGAAGAGCUGAGCCCUGAGGACAAGCAAGCUAUGGAGGAGGGCACUGCCAAUGUGAAAAAGGCCCUUGGUGCCAAUGCCAGCAAAGUAACAGUCAAGCAGAUACAGGAGGCGCUAUGGCACUACUACUACGAUGUAGAGAAGUCUGCCGGCUACUUAACCAAGACCUUUAUUGCACCACCACCGCCUAAACCCACACCGAAAAAGGCCCCAGAGAGUAAGUUGCAUGAGUUCUCGUUAUCAUCAUCACUCGGCCUGUUUGUAAGAUCUGCUGGAGCGGCGAGCGCUUUACCAUUGUCCAACUCGCCACAAACACCUGAAACACUACCUCUACCGCCUUGUAGGACUUUCAGCUACAGAACAAAUUCGAUUAUUCUUCAAUCAGAGUUCGAUGAUAUGCCUUGGUUGAACACGCCCGAGAGUCGCCAAGCUACUCUGAUAGCACCCUCUGAGCCACGAGGCGGAUUGCUUGGCGGAGCCGGAGAUGCCCCGAAAAUGUCCAAGUUGCAAGCACUUGCGGCCGCUAGGAAAAAGAAGAACGACGAAAAGAAAGAGCAAGCAAAAGCUUCAGAGACAGAAAGUGGCAUGAAGAGAUUGUCCAUCACCGACGACUCUCAGAAAGGCAACACCAAAGGAGCUUCAAGCCCCGCAAAGCGGCUGCGUGGCCCCGAUAUGCAGCCUUCAUCGCGACCAAUAUUGGGCAGAGGCGACUCACGGAGUGAAUCUUCUCAAAAUACACAGUCCAAUGCUGCUCCUAUCGAAGUCAUAGCUCCCCAGAAAGAAUCGGGUAAACCGAAUCAAUACCCUCCAGUACAAAGGGAAGAACAAGAAGAAGAUGCAGAGCUAGCUCCUGCAUGUGCACCAUCCGCCUUCGCCAAGACUUUGUUCGGUCCCGCUCCAGAAGAUCGCCAAGCAAACAGGCCUAAUUUCUUUGCAAUGCCAUACGCAGCUUCAUCAUCCUUCCUUGCUACAGCAUUCUCUAAUCCCAGCCCGGACGAUAUCGUUCUGGCCGCGCAGGCAAAAGCCGGGAAGAAGACUGCAGCUCCUGUCAAAGCGGCGUCGAUAGUAGUGAAAAAAGACAAGAACGUCGAUGCCGUAUCUAAAGUUGUAGAUGUGGCAAAUGGCGUUUCGAAUCUGAGGGUCAGCGACGCUCCGCCCCCAAAGAGCAAAGGUCUUGAUGUGGCCAAAGAGUACGAGAAGAGCAAUAGAAAAAAGAGCAUCAGUUUUGUUGUCGUUGGACACGUUGAUGCCGGCAAAAGUACGCUAAUGGGUCGCCUUCUGCUUGAACUGAAAUAUGUUCAAGAGCGCACGGUAGAUAAGUAUCGUCGACAAGCAGAGAAGACAGGAAAACAAUCUUUUGCUCUUGCUUGGGUCAUGGACCAGAGAACGGAAGAAAGGGAACGUGGCGUCACAAUCGACAUCGCCACCAAUCAUUUCGAAACCCCGAACACCAAGUUCACCAUCUUGGACGCCCCUGGCCAUAGAGAUUUCGUCCCAAAUAUGAUUGCUGGUGCUAGCCAGGCAGAUUUUGCCGUUCUCGUGGUUGACGCAAAUACUGGGGCUUACGAAAAAGGCCUCAAGGGGCAAACGAGAGAGCACGUAUUAUUGCUGCGCAGUCUGGGUGUGCAGCGCCUGAUUGUCGCUGUCAAUAAACUUGACAUGGUUGGUUGGUCAAAAGAUCGAUUCGACGAGAUUUCUCAACAAGUCAUGGGGUUUCUCACAGGCCUAGGCUUCCAAAGCAAGUUGGUAAGCUUUAUACCAAUUUCAGGCCUGAAUGGAGACAACAUCGCCAGUAAGAUAAAGGAUGCAACUGCAGCAUGGUAUCAGGGCCCAACUCUUCUUGCAUCAUUGGAGGAUUCAGAGCCUUCAUCGGCCCGUGCCAUCACGAAACCCUUCCGAAUGUCGAUUUCAGAAGUGUUUCGAUCCCAACAACAGGGCACAACAACGCUUGCUGGCCGCAUUGAAGCAGGGAAUAUUCAGAUUGGUGAUGCAGUUAUUGUGCAGCCCAGCGGCGAGGGUACAUAUAUCAAAUCCAUCAUGGUGGACACGGAGGCUCAAGAAUGGGCAGUUGCUGGUCAGAGUGUUACGAUUGCCUUGACUGAUAUUGAUCCCGUCCACAUACGUGUUGGCGAUAUCUUAUGCGGUACCGUCAACCCAAUCAGUGUUGGGGACACGUUCACUCUGAAGGCCAUGGCGUUCGAGCAUCUAAUGCCGAUGCCCGUUGACCUCCACCGUGGCCGUCUACAUGCAGCUGGACAAAUACAGUCAAUACCCGCAACCCUUGAUAAGGCUACUGGUGAGGUCAUUAAGAAGAAGCCCAAGGUGGUCCAGCCGGGCAGUGUGGCUCGCGUGACGAUUAAGCUUGGUUCCAAGGUUCCAUUGGAAAAGGGCCAGAGAGUUGUGCUUCGCAGCGGUGGGGAAACCAUUGCUGCCGGCUUAUUGGAAUAA